UGAAGAGUUCUUUUGGCCAUAAAAAUCAUUUACGAAUGCAUAACUAGUAAAACUCGGCUAUCUUGUUUAUGCCUACAAGUUAUUUCCGGUUAUUACAGACCGGUUUCAGAAAGUCUUUAUAGCAAAGAAAACUAUCUAGUCAGGCAGACCAGGAAUCGCCAACGAGGAAGACAAAGCUAGUAGGGAAAAAAGAUUUGCCCUAGUCCCCAGCAUCAGGCAAGAAAGAAGUGUGAUCAACCGUCCAUCCAAUCACGAUGACGACAAAUACACAACAACCAGCUAAACCCUCUAAACUUAUCAAGCCCAAUUCUUUUGAGCCGAACAACCAUUGGGUAAAUAAAGGAUAUGAGAAACCGAUAGACCCAGUUGCCAAGUGCUUUUUGAAACUUGACAAGCCUUCUAUUGUGAGACGUUAUUGCAUGCUAAAUCCUAUGGUUAGUAAAGAAGAGUUGGAAACUUCAUUGGCAUACCAACCAAAGUAUUUCGUGUGGGCCGGGGCAGAUCUGAUGAAGGUCGCAACAAAAGAUGGACAGAAGAAAAUGGUGCUCAUUGAAAAUAAUUCUUGUCCAUCCGGUCAGAAAUACAUGCCUCUUGUGGAUGAAGAACAAAAAUAUGGAGGCUACCGUACCUUCUUGGAGCGUACUUUCAAGAGAGCUUUGAAUAGCACAAAGGUAAUUCAAGGGGAACUGGCUGUUCUUUACGACAAGAACCCCAUAGAAGCAUCUGGUUAUGCUCAUGCCAUGGCUGAUUUAUUCAAUGAAGAGGUCCAUUAUGUAUCUGCAUACGUUGACGAGAAAAGCCCAGGUUUUGAAUUCCGUGAUGGCGUCUUGCAUGUUUUUGGAGAGGAUCAAACGUGGCAUCCCAUCCGAGCGGCCUUCCGUUACGUCACUCAACGCCCAUGGAAUCGUCUUCCGAUCUCACCAAAGACUGUGAUUGUGAAUCCCUCCAUUGUGUGUUUAGCUGGUGGAAGGAACAAGCUACUUGCGUCCAAGGCCUAUAGCAGUUUCAACAAAGAGCUGAUGGAUACUGGAUUAGCUAUAAACACCCCACUUACCAUAUGUGACGUACAGAGGCGUGACAUCCCGAAUUGGGUGGCAAAAUUUGGUGGCCAGGCUGUAAUCAAGGUCCCUUAUAGCAACGCAGGUCAGGGAGUCUAUAUCAUUAAGAAUGAGGAACAACUACAAGACUUUCUUAAUAACAACCAUCCAUAUGAACUGUAUAUUGUCCAGGAACUAAUUGGUAUAAGAGAGGAAGGUCACGAAGGUGUCCAACGGUAUACCCACAUAGGGACCUUGCCCUCAGAAAAGGGAUGUGUCUACGUAUCUGAUGUUCGUAUGAUGGUUAGUUCCAGCCCUACAGGUCUCAGGCCCGUUGGAAUGUACUCAAGAAGAGCAGGUCGACCUAUCGUAGAUGGAUUCGGUGAAGUAAGUGACCACGCUGAGGCCUUCAUGACCAAUCUCUCUUUCAAGAAUCCAGACGGAACGUGGAAUUCAGACGUCGACAGGAUGAUUCGACAUGAUUGUCAUAAUUUCCUCCAGCUUGGCUUGGGAUUGGAUGACCUGAUCGAGGCAUAUGUGCAGACAGUGUUAUCAACAAUUGCUAUUGACAAGAUGGCACAAGCUUUGUGCGACGAAAAUGGUCAGUUCAGUAAAGAAGUCUUUCAGAGUCUGAAUAAUGAUUCCCUUUUGCUUUCUGAAAUUAUGAAUUCAUAAAAGCAGUGACGAGAGGAAACUAUAAAGAUGAGAUAACAUUAAAGAAAGCAAAGCCUUUACUUCUGAAAAAGGACAAAAACACUUAUUGAUUGUUGCAUAAGAACAAUUCAAGUUCUGCUAUAAUUUAUUAAGACUACAUAAGUAAGUUUAAUCUAUUUACCUGUGACCUUUAAGGAAAUUUAUGUCUACUUUGUAUGUAAUCGAGUAUUGUUAUCAUACUUAAAAAUCAACCACACCCUAAAUCCAUUGUUUGAUGUAGGUUCUUAAAUUCGGUGGAAAACCCAGAUUCUUAAAGCCGGCAGCGGAAUGAUAUCAACAGGGGAGAGCGGGGCUGAAUUAUAAACCCAGGAUAGGUUUUUAAUUACUUUUCCUUAUACUUGCCCGAGAGAACGCAAGGUAUGAAAACAAUACAAUUUUUAUUUCUAUCGGAACAAUAGAGUGCAAACGCGGAUAUAUUGUACUCUAUUUCCAAAAGAACAAAGCAACAGUAAUCUAUCUCUCUGAAUUCAUUAUAAUUUAGUAUUUCGUGUUUUGCAUCGAAACAAUGGAAUUUAGGGCUUAGUUGAUAUUUUAAGCCAGUUCAAAAGCACGGGCUCGGUUUUGCAUUAGAAUUCAAGACCUCGGGCCUGCGGCCCUCUGUCUUGAAUUCUAAUGCAAAACCUCAUCCUAGCGUUUGAACCUUUAUAUAUUGGUAGUUAAUAAGUUUAGUUCAUUGUCUUUCUAACACAUGUUAGGCCUAGGGCUAACGUCGAACUUUCCAUGCACCGAACUCAUUAAAAACAAUGGAUAUCAGGUGAUAAUGAGGCGGCAUUCUUUGACGUAAUUAAGUUCGGUGCAUGGAAAGUUCGACGUUUGCCCUAGGCCUUAUUUAGCCUUUCUAAAGUGCACUGCAUGCGCAAUACCAAAUCGACCCAGUUUUUGUUUCAAUCACGGUAUGACUAAUACAAUGCCCAUGCAUAUCAAGUUGUGUAAUGGUGACCGGCAUACAUCGUACACUACACACGUUCGUUGAGAAAAAGAAUGAACGAUUCAAAGAAUCGGCAAGUUUCAAGGGCGGAUCCAGGGGGAGGAUCGGGGGGGUCGCGACCCCCCUGUCAUUCCUGAGGUCAAAUGGGAUUCCUGUGGUAAAAAUG